AUGUGCGAAUGGGGUGGAGUGAGUGACAACGAGCGAAAAGGUGAGCAGCAGCAGCAGCAGCUCAAUGAGCUCUUCACUCUUCUUCCUACUCCACUUAUUGCAGAGCUAAAGUUAUCCCAAAAUGAAUAGUGCUGCCCUAAUGAGGAGGGAGGGGAGAGAGCACAGCUGGUUGGUCCUACGACCCAAAAUCCUCAUCCAGAUAGUGCUUAUCUGGUUGCCCUGACGAAUUUUCUUUAG